GGCUGAGACAUACCUACCAGCGGAUAGUCGGUCAGACCAGUCGAGUUUGGUAGUGCAAAGUAGAAAGAUCGAGUUACUGGGUGUGGAAAACAGUGUUUGAGUUAAGUGGUGACUCAUCGAACAGUGAAAUACCUCAGGAUUAGUCGACAAAUAAGAUUUUUGCAGUAAAUUUUAAAGCUAUCCUUUAAUAGUGAAAAGUUAAAAAGCCAUUAUGUCGUGGUAUUACACGCCAAAACCCACCGUGUUCCCAGCUGCGAAUUUCAAUCCUUCGGCCGACGCGGCUGCCCUGCGCAAAGCCAUGAAAGGAUUUGGUACCGAUGAGCAGGCAAUUAUCGAUAUUCUGUGCUCCCGUUCCAACUGGCAGCGGCAGGCGAUUUCUGAAGCAUUCACACGGGAACUGGGACGCGAUCUGAUCAAGGAUCUCAAGUCCGAACUUGGCGGCAAAUUUGAGGAUGUCAUAAUUGGUCUCAUGCUACCACCGGUGAAUUACCUUUGUAAGCAACUGCACAAAGCAAUGGAUGGUAUCGGCACCAACGAACGAGCACUAAUUGAGAUUCUGUGUUCGCAAAACAAUGAACAAAUACAUCAUAUAUCGCGAGUGUAUGAAGAGAUGUACAACAGGCCCCUUGCUGAGCACGUGUGUACCGAGACAUCAGGUGAUUUCAGACGUUUGCUGACUCUGAUCAUCACCGGAACGCGGGAUCCACCCGGGACUGUUGAUCCGGAUUACGCCGUGGCUCAAGCGAAGCAGCUAUACGAUGCAGGUGAAGGUAAAUGGGGUACGGAUGAGGCAGUCUUUAGCAAAAUCUUGGCACAUUCAAGCUUCGAUCAGUUGGAGCAUGUUUUCGAAGAGUACAAAAAAUUGUCGGGUCGCACAAUAGAACAGGCUCUGAAAGCUGAGCUAAGCGGAGAUUUUUACGAAGCGCUUAGUGCGAUCGUGGAAUGCGUACAAAUGGCGCCACAUUUCUUCGCAAAACGUUUGUUCGAAGCUAUGGAUGGGCUUGGCACUGACGAUACCACUUUGAUAAGAAUUAUUGUGUCCCGUUCGGAAAUCGAUCUGCAGAAUAUUAAGGACGAGUAUGAACAAAUGUACAACAAAACACUAAUGAGUGCGGUUAAGAGCGAAACAUCCGGUGACUACAAGAAGGCAUUGUGUGCAAUAAUUGGAAGCGCCUAAGUACCAUCAGCAACCUAUUUUAGGAUAUACACCUUCACAGCUGCAAAAUUUAUUGUAGUUAAAUAUGUUCAUGGUACAGGCGGAAUUUGCAUAUUUUAUGUCUUUUUAGCAAUCAGUAAUCAAACGCCAAUCUUCUGUACAAACGAGCGAACGUAAUUCCUCAAACCAAAACAAAAAAAAAAACGAAUGUUACUUAUUACGACAGUGAUCUACACUUUUUAACAAUCUCAUAUUUACACAGCACUUAACUUUUAUACUAGUAUUAAAAUAUUGUUAAAUAAA